AUGGUUCAGCAGACCCUGGACCCCUGGAGGAGGGUUCUUAAUAACCUUUCCUCAGGGUCCCUCAAAACUCGAGUCCAGGCUGACUCCAAUUUUCCUUUUCCUUGUCCACAGGGAAAAGUGCCUUUGGUACUGGGAUGGGGCCAUCUGCACACUGUGCUAUGCUCUCUACACCUCCGCCCUCUGCUCUGUAGCCCAGAUGAAGAUGUGUGUGUGUUCAAGUGCUCGGUGUCCCGAGAGACAGAGUGCAGCCGUGUGGGCAGGCAGUCCUUCAUCAUCACACUGGGCUGCAACAGCGUCCUCAUCCAGUUCGCCACACCCCACGAUUUCUGUUCUUUCUACAACAUCCUGAAAACCUGCCGGGGACACACACUGGAGCGCUCUGUGUUUAGCGAGCGGACAGAGGAAUCCUCAGCUGUGCAGUACUUCCAGUUUUAUGGCUACCUGUCCCAGCAGCAGAACAUGAUGCAGGACUAUGUGCGGACAGGCACCUACCAGCGUGCGAUCCUGCAGAACCACACUGACUUCAAGGACAAGAUUGUUCUCGACGUGGGCUGUGGCUCUGGGAUCCUGUCAUUUUUUGCUGCUCAAGCAGGAGCCAGGAAAAUUUACGCAGUGGAGGCCAGCACCAUGGCUCAGCAUGCUGAGGUCCUGGUGAAGAGUAACAACCUGACGGACCGCAUCGUGGUCAUCCCUGGCAAGGUAGAGGAGGUCUCAUUGCCUGAGCAAGUGGACAUUAUCAUCUCAGAGCCUAUGGGCUACAUGCUCUUCAAUGAACGCAUGCUCGAGAGCUACCUCCAUGCCAAAAAGUACCUGAAGCCCAGUGGAAACAUGUUCCCCACCAUUGGUGACGUCCACCUCGCACCCUUCACCGAUGAACAGCUCUACAUGGAGCAGUUCACCAAAGCCAACUUCUGGUACCAGCCAUCCUUCCACGGAGUGGACCUGUCGGCCCUCCGAGGCGCCGCUGUGGAUGAGUACUUCCGGCAACCUGUGGUGGACACAUUUGAUAUCCGGAUCCUGAUGGCCAAAUCUGUCAAGUACACAGUGAACUUCUUAGAAGCCAAAGAAGGCGAUUUGCACAGGAUAGAAAUCCCAUUCAAAUUCCACAUGCUGCAUUCAGGGCUGGUCCAUGGCUUGGCGUUCUGGUUCGAUGUUGCUUUUAUUGGCUCCAUAAUGACCGUGUGGCUAUCCACAGCCCCAACAGAGCCCCUGACCCACUGGUACCAGGUCCGGUGCCUCUUCCAGUCACCGUUGUUUGCCAAGGCCGGGGACACGCUCUCAGGGACAUGUCUGCUUAUUGCCAACAAAAGACAGAGCUAUGACAUCAGUAUUGUGGCCCAGGUAGAUCAGACGGGCUCCAAAUCCAGUAACCUGCUGGACCUGAAGAACCCCUUUUUCAGGUACACGGGCACGACCCCAUCACCCCCACCUGGCUCACACUACACAUCUCCCUCCGAGAAUAUGUGGAACACAGGAAGCACCUACAAUCUCAGCAGCGGGGUAGCUGUGGCCGGAAUGCCUACUGCCUAUGACCUGAGCAGUGUUAUUGCCGGCGGCUCUAGUGUGGGUCACAACAACCUGAUUCCCUUAGCCAACACAGGGAUUGUCAAUCACACCCACUCCCGGAUGGGCUCCAUAAUGAGCACGGGCAUUGUCCAAGGCUCCUCAGGUGCCCAAGGAGGCAGCGGUGGCUCCAGUGCCCACUAUGCAGUCAACAACCAGUUCACCAUGGGUGGCCCCGCCAUCUCCAUGGCCUCACCCAUGUCCAUCCCAACCAACACCAUGCACUACGGGAGCUAGGUGCCUCCAGCCGCAACACCGCUGCGCACUGACAGCACCAGGAAACCAAAUGAAGUCCACACCCAGUGCAGCUGGUGGCUGUCCCCCUUGUUCUGGAGAAGCGUGAACACCCGGUCACAGCCCUCUUUGCUAUGGGAACUUGGACACUUUUGUACACGAUGUCGUCGCUGCCCUCAAGUACCCCCAGCCCACCCUUUGGCCCCGAGCGCGUGUCGCUGCCAUAUUUUACAUGAGAUCCUGUCGGGGCAGCCCUCAUCCAGUUCUGCCCUCUCCACUGACCUGGCUUUGACAUCUGCUGGAAGAGGCAAGCCCCCUCCCACCCCACCUCACACACACAGCUGCGCCUGACCAGGCAGGAGGAGGUCAGCAGCUGCUACCACAAGACCUGGCAACACCCAUCUCCCAACCCGUCCUUGCGCCUGCCCCUCACCUGGGGUGGCGGCACAGCCAGCUGGACCUCACGUUCAACUACCAGGCCACAUGGUCACCAUGGGCGUGACAUGCUGCUUUUUUUAAUUUUAUUUUUUUACGAAAAGAACCAGUGUCAACCCACAGACCCUCUGAGAAACCCGGCUGGCCGGGCCCAGCCAGCAGCCCCUGUCCCUAGGCCCAGAGGCUCUAGGUGAGGGGUGGCCCUGUCGAGCCUUCAGGGCGGGCGUAACCCCCUCUCACCAAAGGGUUCACCUCACACUUGAAUGUACAAACACCCAGCUGUCCAAAGGCCUCUAGCCCCUGCUUCCUGCUACUGUCCUGAGUCCCGAAGGUCCCCUCCACCAAAAGCUGAAACAGGCAGCCCAGAGGGAAAGUCACCCAAGACCACUGGGGCAGACGAAAACCUCAAGGAUCUGUCACAGAAGGAAGGAGGGCAUCCUCUCCUGAUAGCUAACAUAGGCCUGUGCGCUGCACUCCACAUCCAUGCUCCACCUCUUCCUCUCAAGACAGCUUCCCUGGGAAGGGGCCUAGUAGGGCCUCUCCCUCCAGACAGAAAAAGAAGAAAAGCAAACAAGUAAGGAAGGGCAGUUUCCCCCCUGUCCCCUUGCCCUAGAGUCCCCACCUCAGUGGCCAGAGCCCAGGCUGGGCCCAUGCCCACCACAGGUACUCCUGGCAACGGCUGGACCUGCCCUGUGCCACCCCCUGACCUGUCAGGGAAACAGAGGGCCCACAGGCAGUCUGGGAAACCGGGCGCUUCUGUCCAUCAGUAAUACUCCCUGCUCGGCUGCCCCUCCCCACCUUUAUAUAAAUUCUCUGGAUCACCUUUGCAUAGAAAAUAAAAGUGUUUGCUUUGUAAGAAAA